UAAAAUAAAUUAUUCCAACAUCAAAUAUUUCACGUGACGACGUAAGUCACGUUGAAGUGGCCAAGCCGCCGAAGUAAAUAAGCAUACAAACAUUUACCAAAAUAGCUUGUUGGGGGAGUUUUAGGCGUCUUCUGGGAAUGAACGUGAAACGCAGCGUUUGGUGGUCCCCGCAACUCAUAUCAUGGGUUUUCGCGCCCGCAAUCACAGUCGUUUUUCACUGCAAAGCUGCGCUGUCGCUUCUAGGCCUACUUCUUCGUCUUCUUCCUGCUGCUCAAGCGUGCGUCAUCGUCCGAAGCGGAGAAUAGAAGAGAAGAAAAUCGCAGCGUUUCGUGGUUCCGAUGAAGCUUCGUCCUCGUAAACCGACCUCCAAUAUUUUGAUCCAAGGAAACGCAGACGGUGAUGCUUCUGAUGAUAUAGACGUGUCGUCUCUUUUUUCUGACAGUGAAAGUGAAGAUCCUUCCUCGAGUUCUGAGGACUUUUGCGAGCCUUCAACAAAGAAGUCUAGAGCAAAGAAAAAGAGAAAAGGUAUUAAAGAGGAGGGGCCUAGCAUCGAGCAGGAAGUGUGGAGAAAAGUAGGUAAUGAUGGAAACCCACACAAUCAGACACCAGAAGUUAUCCCCGUCCAGGGUGUGGUUGAUAUAGGGAAGCCAAAGGCCAAGUACUCAAGAAAGAAAAAGCAAAAACCUAUCCUUUUGUGGGAUGUCUGGGCGGAAGAACAUGAGAGAUGGAUCGAUGAAAACAUUGAAAAAGAUUUUGAUAUGGCUAGUCAAAAUGAAGUAUUGACUGAAGCUGUUGAAACACCCUCUGCACUUACGAUGCCCCUUCUGCGGUAUCAGAAAGAGUGGCUAGCUUGGGCACUGAAGCAGGAAGAUUCUCCAGUUAGAGGUGGGAUACUUGCAGAUGAAAUGGGAAUGGGAAAAACCAUCCAAGCAAUUGCCCUGGUACUUGCUAAACGUGAGUUAUCUGGAGCUGGACUAAGGAGACCCUCCCCAUACCCAAGUUCUUCCAAGGACUUCCCUUUGAUCAAAGCAACACUUGUGGUAUGUCCCGUGAUUGCUGUAAGCCAGUGGGUAAGUGAGAUUGAUCGUUUCACAUUAAAGGGAAGUAACAAGGUGCACGUGUUUCAUGGUCCAAAACGAGCACAGAGUCUUGAGACUUUAUUUGAAUUUGAUUUUGUUAUUACAACAUACUCUGUCGUUGAGGCUGAAUACAGGAAACAUUUGAUGCCUCCCAAGGAUAGGUGCCCUUACUGUAGUAAACUAUUUUAUAAGAAGAAUUUGAAGAUUCACUUGAAGUACAUUUGUGGUCCUGAUGCUGUCAAAACAGAGAAGCAGGCUAAGCAAAUAAGAAAAAGGCCUAUUCAGCCACAACUAUCGAAAGGGGAAGUAUCUGCUAAAGAUAAGAACAACAAUUUUCACAAUAGUGGCAGCCAGAAAAGCACUUUUGGACAGACAAUGGGGCAGCAUGAGAAUGAUGAAAACCCUUGUGGGAAAUCAAUAUUGCAUUCUGUAAUAUGGGACCGUGUCAUUUUGGAUGAGGCGCAUUUCAUAAAAGAUAGACAGUCUAAUACUGCAAAAGCUGUUCUUGCGAUUUCUUCUUCAUUUAGAUGGGCUUUAAGUGGCACACCUAUCCAGAAUCGUGUAGGGGAGCUUUACUCUCUUGUUCGCUUCCUGCAAAUUGUGCCUUAUUCUUUCUACUUCUGUAAGGACUGUGAUUGUAGAACACUCGACCACAGUUCUGUUAGCUGUCCUGACUGCCCUCAUAAACGCAUGCGGCAUUUUUGCUGGUGGAACAAGUAUAUUACGCUACGGAUUCAAAAUGUUGGGAGAGGUCCUGAGUUUAAAAGAGGUAUGAUAUUGCUGAAGCAUAAAAUUUUAAGUAGCAUCGUACUACGACGCACCAAAAAGGGUAGAGCUGCUGAUCUUGCUCUUCCUCCUAGUAUUGUUUCAAUUAGGCGAGAUACCCUUGACAUUCAAGAAGAAGAUUUUUAUGAAUCAUUGUAUAAUGAUAGUCGAGCAAAAUUUAAUACUUUCGUGGCAGCAGGAACAGCAACGAGUAAUUAUGCACACAUAUUUGACCUUUUGAUUCGCUUGAGACAGGCAGUUAAUCAUCCAUAUCUCGUUGUAUAUUCUAGAACUAAUGUCAUAAGUUGUGGAAGCAUUGAUGGUACUGAUAAUAAUAACGAACAUGCAUGUGGAAUUUGUCAUGAGCCAGCUGAAGAACCUGUGGUUACCUCUUGCGAGCACACAUUUUGUAAGGCCUGCAUUAUUGGUUUUGCCAAUGAUUUUUCGAAGCUUGUCUCAUGUCCUUCUUGCUCAAAGAAGCUCACCAUUGACUUUAGCACAAAUCUGGCUGGUAGAGAUCAAACCAUUAAAAAUACAAUUAAGGGGUUUAAAUGUACAAGUAUCCUUAACAGAAUACAACUGGAGAAUUUUCAGACGAGCACAAAAAUAGAAGCUUUGAGAGAAGAAAUCAGGUUCAUGUUAGAACGAGAUGGAUCUGCCAAAGGAAUCGUUUUUAGCCAAUUCACGUCAUUUUUGGAUCUAAUAAACUAUUCCUUAACAAAGUCUGGUAUUACCUGCGUUCAACUAAUUGGAAGCAUGUCCUUGCCACAAAGAGAUGAUGCUAUUAAGAGAUUCAUUGACGAUCCAGAUUGCAAGAUUUUUCUAAUGAGCUUAAAAGCUGGAGGGAUUGCUCUCAAUCUCACUGUGGCAUCGCAUGUGUUCAUCAUGGACCCUUGGUGGAAUCCUGCUGUGGAACGACAAGCACAAGACAGAAUCCACCGAAUUGGACAAUAUAAGCCUAUCAGAAUUACGAGAUUCGUUAUUGAAAACUCUAUUGAGGAGAGGAUUUUGAAGCUGCAAGAGAGAAAAGAACUGGUAUUUGAAGGAACUGUAGGUCGCUCUAACGAGGCCUUGGGAAAAUUAACCUUGGACGACAUGAGAUUUCUGUUUAUUUGACCAAGUUCACGAAAGAAAAAAAAAAAAAAACAAAAACUAAUACCUGCGCG